CAAAAGUGUAGAGGACAAAUGGGAACAAAUUAGAAGUGCAAUACUACACACAAUGGAAAAACAUGUCCCGCACAAGUUUUCCACUAGCCGAUUUAACUUACCAUGGUUCAAUAGAUCACUACGUCGUACGAUUAAGAAGAAACAGAGAUUAUACAACAAGGCAGUUAGGACAGGAAAGCCGGAUGACUGGGAAUCGUUCAAGGCCUUUAGGAAAAGCACCCACAAGCUCAUUAACCAUGACCAUUGGUAAGAGAAACCCCCCUCAUCACAAGUAUAACUUUUGUAACCAUAGUCUCGAGAGUGUGUCUUCUCAUCCAUACCUGGGUGUUCACAUAUCAAAUACAUUGAGCUGGAAUACUCAUACUCAGGCAGCUACCAAGAAAGCCCAGAGAAUACAGAAUGUAGUCCGCAGGAACUUGUGGAGUUGCAACAAGAAGGUGAAAUCAACUGCGUACCUGGCGUUAGUAAGACCGCUUCUCGAGUAUGCAUCGUCAGCUUGGGAUCCCUCUACCAAGCAGAAUAUCAAGUCCCUAGAACGUGUCCAACGACAAGCAGCCAGAUUCUGUACUAGCAACUACAGUAGAGAAGAAGGCACAGUCACCAAGGCGCUAAAAGACCUAGGAUGGGAAUCGCUUCAAACUAGAAGGAGAAACCAGAGACUCAGCAUGUUAUACAAAAUGAAGAAUGGACUGGUCGACAUUCCUUUGUAUGACUAUGUACAACUGAAUCCCAGGGAAACCAGGGGGAACAACCAGAAGUUCCUACAACUUCGCCACAAAGCUAGAGCCUACCAGGACUCCUUUUUUGUGUCAACCAUCAAGGACUGGAAUAACCUCCCAACUUCCAUAGUAAACAGCCCAUCAUUAACCACUUUUAAGAACGAUUUACUUAAACAUACCCAAUAAUUUGAUUAGAGUCAACCCACACACAGCGUGCUCUGUCUACAAAUACGUUAGCGUGGAUGUGUCUGGAAAGGACAUUUUGCUGACCAAAUCAUACAGAUACAGAUAUUCUUUCACAUGAUCGGUAAU